AUGACAUGGAUGAGCCGUGCAACACACCUUUGUCCCCCAGGGGACUUUCUGCAUGUUGCUCGGCUUGGGGGGUAUUAUCCUUUAAAGUAUUAUAAGCAUUGUGACCAUGUGGUUGGUAUUACCCAGGGUCUUGUCAAUCACUUAAGUAAAGGUCAUUGGUCCCCCUCUCAAAUCCAUUAUAUCCAGAACUUUGCAUUUCUUCCUAAAAAAGUCUCCCCUAUAGUGCGGUCGGAAUUUCAGACACCAAAGUCAGCGCCAUUAAUCUUAGCCUUGGGUCGACUUCAUUCUGAUAAGGCUUUUGAUAUUUUAAUCCCAGCCCUUGCAAAGAUCCCAAAAGCUUAUCUUUGGAUUGCGGGUGAAGGAGAAGAAAGAGAGGCGCUGGAACGUUUGGCGCGUUUUGAAGGGGUUGAAGACCGGGUGCGCUUUUUAGGGUGGCAAACAAGGACAGCGUGCUUGAUUCAAGCGGCAGACAUUUUGGCGUUUCCUUCGCGGAUAGAACCUCAUGGUACAGUGACUUUGGAAGCUUGGGGGUAUCAGAAACCUUUAGUCGUUGCUCGAAGUGCUGGGCCAGGAGAAAUGGUUCGUCAUGGAGAAACAGGUCUGUUAGUCGAUAUUGAUGAUAUUGAAAGCCUGUCAGCCUCUCUGAACCGGGUGAUUCAGGAUAAAGACUUAACAAAAAAAAUGGUUCAAAAGGGAUAUGAAGAAUUUCUAUCAAAAUAUACAGAAGAAAUUGUUGUGAAGAAGUAUCUAGACUUUUUUGAAACAAUUUGCCGACAAAAAAAGAAAGGACGAUAG